UGGCCAACACACGGGACCUUCUCUUGACAAAAGAGCAAGCACAGGACGCCGUGUGCAAGCAUCUACCAGACGCUAGGCAAGCCAUCGUAGCAGCCAUUAGCGAGAUACCAAACAGCGGCUACAGGUACACGUCCAACGCGAAAACGUACAGCAUCGACCUCACAUCUUCUCCUGAAUCCCUGGAUCUCCCUAGCUCUUCCUUCAUCACGAUAUCUCAACCACUUCCCAAUUCCUCAGAGCCCCAGUUGGACUGGCGUCCCAAUAACAUGCCACUCACGCACCACAUCCUGACCCUCAUCCGCUCGAACACCGAUGUACCCAUUCCGCUACUCGUGCUUGACACCUCGCUCUCUCUCCCGUCCGUUCCAUACCAUUACUUGAUCUCUCAUCCAACUCCUAUCCGCUCCCAGGACCUAAUGUCCUUGUCGCAAGCGAGGGCGAAGGGUCUUUUGGAUGAGAAGGACAACGUUUUCUUGAACCUCCAAAUUGGACGGUUCCUAGGCCAAAUGCACAGCAGAGUUCAGAAUGAUUGGUACGGACUAAUCGAGAAAGAAGAGCCGAGGGAUCCCUCCUAUAGUUGGCAAGAAACAUUUACCCUGUUUUUGGAGACGCUUCUGGUCGAGUUCGAGACGGACAGCGGCGACGAGAUCACGCUACCCCACGAAGAAAUUAGGCGCCUCCUCUCCCGCGCGAUUGGGUUCUAUCUCUUUGACGACGUCGAAGUUCCUUCUCUUGUCUGGUUCACGGGAUCACCUGCCGACAUUUACAUCACUUUGCCUUCCUCUACCACACCAGCCACAAUCGUCACCAUCCUGCCCAAUUUCGCACAUGCGAUUUGGGGAGAUCCGCUCCUGGAGAGCGUCUUCAUGUCCUCCGGCGGGAAGGAAAAAGAAGCGCUUAUGGAGGGAUACCAAGCUGGAGGUGGUGGGCCCAUCUUAGCAUUCCCGAGACAGAGAACAAAAAGAAUUUGGUACACCCUCUUCCUGGCCCUUGCUGUCUUGAAGGAGGUGAAGGAGGGAGAAACGGGAAGGGUGGACCAGCAGUGGGCGACCAGUACAAUUUUGAGCUGCGUGAAAUUGUUGAGGGAUGCGCCUUGCUAUUAGA